AUGGAAGUCACAAUUAUGGCCGUUACUAAAUGCUAUUACGCAUUCAAAGUCAAAACAAGGACAUCACCAUUUUUCUUGUUUUGGUUGCAGUAUAACAAUUUUUACGUUGUCUACCCAUUGUGCGUAAUAGCAGAAAUGAUUCAAGUGUUUUUGAGUUUGUCCUAUGUUGCUGAAGAUACCCUUCACGAAUUGAUCUUGAAGACAUUGUUUGUGGGGUAUAUUCCAGUGGCAUACUUUACAUGGGGUCACCUCAAGUCGAGGAAAAAUACCAAAUACACCGAAAUUAUGAGGAAAAGAACAGUCACAUCUAGUCACGAAAUGUCCACUAAUGUUUCAACAUCAUCAGCAGCAAGAAGAGAGGCCAACUCGUAA